AGAGGGGUGUCAGUCGUUUCGUUGGAGUUUUAGAAGUUUAGAUUAUAUUGUGUCUCAUCAUCUCAUAUGUUCUUUCUUUUUGUAACACCAAUUUAUCAAACACGCCGAUGUGAGAAGGCAUCACACAUUCAUUGUAUUAAGGUGAAUUUGGGACCGUGGACAGCGAUAAUGAUGGGACAUUUGUGUGGGAUGUAUUGCCAAUGACAAGAUGGAUAUCAGUGGGAUUCUCUCUAUCGCUACUGUCUUUCAUUUAUCUAUCUGUGUCUAUGGCGAGGCAGGACCAAACAUAGUCGUCCUGAAUACACUGCAGAGCUCAGGCCCUCUGUCCUGCUCUGAGGGUUUCACUGAGCUGGGUUAUUACAAUGGAUCUGUGUCUCAGACGGACUCUGGCUCUUCCUGUCUUAAAUGGACUGAUUUUCCAGACUACAUGCUGCAAUACCCCAAACGUGGGCUGGGUGACCACAACUACUGUAGAAACCCUGACCGUGAGUCCAACCCCUGGUGUUUCUUCAGACAGAGGUCAGGAGCCAUCGGGUGGGCCUACUGCGACUGCAACCAGGGUGCAGCAAGGUUGGUGGGGGGUUCAUCCAAUAAGAGUGGCCGUCUCGAGGUGUACCUGAAUGGCCAAUGGGGAGCAGUGUGUGACACCCACCUGAGUGACCGAGAUGCCAGUGUAAUCUGUCGACAACUGAGGCUCGGUGAAAUCGGCACUGCACUUCGGCACUCCUACUUUGGACCUGGUUCUGGCCUCUUCCACUUUGAACGUCUUGGCUGCCAUGGCAAUGAAAAUUCUCUGAUGGAGUGCCGGAGCCGGAAAUAUGUCUCUGCCGACUGUAACCAUGGCAAUGAGGCUGGAGUGGUGUGUGCUGUACCUAAGGGCAAUGGUGCCCCCCUAAGGCUUGUGGGAGGACUUGAGGAUUUUGAGGGGCGCGUGGAAGUGUAUCAUAACGGGAGGUGGGGAACUAUCUGUGAUGACGAAUGGGAUGAUAUUGAUGCUGAAGUGGUCUGUAGACAGUUGAGAUGGGGUGGCGUGCCAAAGGCAUGGACAUGGGCACACUUUGGGCAGGGCACUGGGCCUAUAUUCCUGGAUGGGGUGCACUGCACAGGAAAUGAGCUCUCUCUUGAGGAAUGUCCUCAUGCGCCUUGGGGCCAGCACAACUGUGACCACAUGGAGGAUGCUGGAGUGUCCUGUAACCCAUAUACAGAUGGAGUGUUACGUCUAGUGGGAGCUGAUAGCCCGUGGGAAGGACGCCUUGAAGUGUAUCAUGCUGGACAAUGGGGCACAGUGUGUGAUGACAACUGGACUGGACGCCAUGCCCAGGUGGUGUGUCGACAGCUGGGUUACCGAGGGCGUGCUGAGCUGGUUCUAGAUGGGAUGUAUGGUGAAGGCACAGGGCUGAUCCUUCUGGAUGAGGUGAAAUGUGAAGGGGGUGAAAGCUCUUUGCUGGACUGUGCUCAUGGUGAGUGGGGGCAGCAUGACUGCUCCCACAGUGAGGAUGUGGGCAUACGUUGUGAGAGAGAAGGAGAGUUCCUGGAAAUUCCUGAUGUGCCUCCUGUCACAGGUCCCCUGGUAAGACUGGUGGAUGGCGAGAGCCGUAAGGAGGGUCGUGUGGAGGUGUUCAUUAACGGCGAGUGGGGCAGUGUGUGUGACGAUGGAUGGGAUGACAUCAAUGCAGGCAUAGUCUGCAAACAACUAGGAUUCAUUGGUGCUUCCAAGGCCCGUUCCAUGGCUUAUUUCGGUGAGGGCCAGGGACCAAUCCAUCUGGAUAAUGUGAAGUGUGUUGGGACAGAGGCUUCGCUGGGUGAGUGUUCAGCUCUUGGCUCAGAUGCCCAUGAUUGCAGACACAGUGAAGAUGCAGGCGUCAUCUGUGACUACAUUACUGAGCCCAUGAAAAACCAGCAAGAAUGUGGUCUGAGACCCAACACACAAAGACGGCGAAGAAGGAUCAUUGGAGGAGACAAGUCUCUUCGGGGGGACUGGCCAUGGCAAGUAUCUCUGUGGCUGAGGUCUCAAUCAAAAGGCACCCAUCCACUUUGUGGGGCAACUCUCAUAAAUUCUUGUUGGGUUAUUACUGCUGCUCAUUGCUUCAAGAGGUUUGGCACAGAUCCCUCCCGUUAUGUGUUACGGCUUGGUGACUACCACACAGAGGAGAGGGAUGACUUUGAGCGCACUCUUUCUCCCGAGCGCAUCAUCAACCACAGGAAGUACCACAGCCAGGGCUGGGAGUAUGAUAUUGCCUUGCUGAAGUUGAAGGGCACAGAUGGGAACUGUGUGGCCUUUAACCCACACACUAAUGCAGUUUGCCUUCCAGCUCAGAGCAAAAAAAAGGGGAAGAGGCCCAUCGCUUGUGUUAUUACUGGCUGGGGAAUUACAGGCUCUGAGUAUUCCCGAACACUGCUUCAAGCCUGGGUUCCCAUACUGCCCUCCUGGAAGUGUAAAAAACGCUAUGGCAGUCGCUUCACCAGCCGCAUGUUGUGUGCUGGCAGCAUAUCAAACCAUCACCGGGUGGACAGUUGUCAGGGUGACAGUGGAGGGCCACUGGUGUGCCAGGGUGAAGGUGGGCACUGGAUGCUCACAGGAAUCAUCUCUUGGGGUCACGGAUGUGGUGACCCCACCUAUCCUGGUGUUUAUACAAGGGUCAGCAGGUUCCUGAAGUGGAUUGAGAAAGUCACCCAAAGCCCUGCCAAAGUGUGAUGCUACAGUGUUGACAUUAAAGCCACUUAAUGCAUUGUACUGGACAGAAUAUACAUUAUAUAAUGCCUCUGAGGGUUCGCCAGCCGGCCAAUAGCAGUAAAGCUGGUUUGAUCCCAUUUUAUGUGUUGCACAUUUUACUACUUGCACCAUGUCAUUUUAAUUCCAUUUUUCUACACUUGAAGAAACAUUCAUGAAAGUGCACAUGAAUGUGAAGCCACAGAUCUCAGAAGGGGGUGAGAUGCUUUGGAGGGAGAGCUACAUUAAAGGAAUAGUUCACCCAAAAUAAUUAUCUUAUCAUAUACUGAGCCUUAUGCCAUCCCAGAUGUGUGUGACUUUCUUUCUUCUGCUGAACACAAAUUAAGAUUUUUAAAAGAAUAUCUCAGCUCUGUUAUGUGAAUUGUGGCCAGAACUUGAAGCUCAAAAAAGGACAAAGGAAACAAUCCAUAUGACUCCAGUGGUUAAAUUAAUAUCUUCUGAAGCGAUAUAUUAUUUGCCGUGUUUGAGAAACAGAUACAUUUUUAAGUCCUUUUUUAAUUUUAAUUUCUCCUCCCUGCCCAGUAGGUGAUGAUAUGCAGGAAGAAUAUGAGUCAUCAAAAGAAGACAAAUGUGAAAGUGAAGAUUUAAAUAUUGAUCUGUUUCUUACCCACGGCAAUUGCUUCUGAAGAUAUGGAUGUAAACACUGGGGUAGUAUGGAUUACUUUCAUGCUGCCUUUAUAUGCUUUUUGCACCUUCAAAGUUCUGGCCACCAUUCACUUACAGUAUCAACAGAGCUGAGAUAUUCUUCUAAAAAUAUCUGUUUCUGUUUUGUAGAAUAAAGAAAGUCAUACACAUUUGGGAUGGCAUGAGGGUGAGUAAAUGAUGAGAUAAUUUUCAUUUUUGGGUGAAAAAUCCUUUUAAGUAAACAGAGUUCUCAUUUAUUGAAAGGUCUUGAAGAAUAAGCUUCUGUAAAUAAGUCAUGUUGCACUAAUCUUCAUGCCAUGUUCAGUAAGUUGAACAUAUGUGGAAGUUCUGUGACUUGGCUGUUCUGGAUUAGGUUCUUAAAUUAUUUCACAUAUUGCACGUGCACAUUUUCCUUACUGGACUUAAAUAUUUGCUAAGGUAAGGAACAGCAUGCAUAUAAGAUAUAAGGAUUAAUGAACAUUCCACUUGUGAAUGAGUCAUACUGUAAAUGUAUGUUUAUUAUUUGUACUCUUGUUGAGGGUGUGUCAUAGAGGGUACAACAAAAACUUAGUGUGACACAAACCAAAAUGUUCUGGAUGUUUGUGUUGCCAAAGCGGAAGGACUGAAGAAACACUUGAGGUCAAGUCCACAAUUUUAAGUUUAUUAAGGCAAAAAACACAGCAGGCCACACACACAAAAAGAAAAUCCAAACACAACUUGGAGGAAUUUGGACAGGCUUGCAGUAUUUCCAACUGGUUUUUCUUACUCAGCCCUCAAUCAGUCGUUUGUGAGAGACCAAUAUGGAGGGAAGUUAAUUUCCCUACAGGCAUUCAGUA